CUUGAAGCCGGCUGACAGAUAGCCCUAUCAGCACCUGUUAUCUUCUUCUUGAGCAAAUCCCUCCAUCGCUUCUCCGAUUUUUCCACCGUACCUCCGCCGCCGGAGAAAAAAAUCCGGCUACCUUUCACCUCCUAUCGAUGUUGCCUCUUCACAUUCUUGUAUUCCUUCCAUAACGGAAAGUUUGCUAUCAAAGAACCAGAGAAUUUUCCCGAGAAACAAUCGGAGCGUAAAUGGAUUUCACCUUAACCUCUUCUCCAUCCAUCAGUGCAAAGCUCUCUCCACCGUAUCGAAACUCUUCACGUCCUUCAUUCUUCACAUUCAAUUCAUUUUCCCCUGCCAAAAAGCACCGCGCCAGAACUAGAAGAUUCUUAGUGAAAUCCCCAAACAGAACUCGAAAUCUUUUGCCAAUAGCAAGUGUUUUCCAUGCAAUUAACUUUCCAGAUGAUUCUAGAAGCUCAAUGUCUGAAAAAGAAGAAGAAAAACCAGUGGUUUCCACGGUAAAAUUUGAGAAAUCGGUGGGAAAUUUAGUACAGUGCAUUGCAAGGCCAAUUGUGUUUGCAGUGUUUUGCAUUGCUGUUGGAUUUUUUCCAACUGGGAGAUUUCAGGUACCUGCAAUUGCCGCUCCGGUGGCAAGUGAUGUAAUGUGGAAGAAGAAAGAGAGUGGGAAAGUUUUAGAAGAAACAAAGGAGUUGAAGUCCAAGGAUCACGAGUACUCGGAUUGCACGAGGAGUUUGCUAGAGGUGGUUUCGGGUUUACUUAGGAGUAUAGAAGAAGUUAGGUCAGGUAAAGCUGAUAUGAAGAAGGUAGAGGCGGUCUUAAGGGAGGUUAAAUUGAAGAAAGAAGAAUUGCAAGAGGAAAUAAUGAAUGAACUGUACGCUGAGUUGAGGGAAUUGAAGAGAGAGAAGGAUGGUUUGUCAGAUAGAUCGGAGGAGAUUGUUGACAUGGUGGUGAAAGCAAAGAGGGAGCAUGACCGAUUGUUGGGGAAGGCAAGUGGUGAUGGGAAGAAGAUAAAGGAGCAAAUUGCAAGGUUGGUGGAGAGUAUGAGCCGGUUAGAUGAGGAGUAUGCUAAAAUAUGGGAAAGGAUUGGAGAGAUUGAGGAUCGGAUUUUGAGAAGGGACACGAUGGCUAUGAGCAUUGGUAUAAGGGAGCUUUCUUUUAUCACAAGGGAGAGUGAGCAAUUGGUGGCGAGUUUUAGACGAGAAAUGAAGCUGGGGAGGACCAACAGUGUACAACAAGGCUCUGCUACCAAACUUUCUAGGUCUGACAUUCAGAAAGACUUGGAAACUGCACAAAGAGAAUACUGGGAACAGAUGAUUCUGCCUAGUAUUUUGGAAAUUGAAGAUCUUGGUCCUCUCUUUUAUCGAGAUUCGAAGGAUUUUGUUCUACAUAUAAAGCAGGCCCUUAAAGAAUCAAGGGAGAUGCAAAGGAAUAUGGAGGCUCGUGUAAGAAAAAAUAUGAGGAGGUUUGGGGAUGAAAAGCGUUUUGUUGUAAACACGCCAACAGAUGAAGUUGUGAAAGGUUUUCCAGAAAUUGAGUUGAAGUGGAUGUUUGGAGAUAAGGAGGUUGUAGUUCCUAAAGCUAUUAGCUUUCAUUUGUUCCAUGGUUGGAAAAAGUGGCGGGAAGAAGCUAAGGCAGAUCUUAAAAGAACUUUGUUAGAAAAUGUUGACCUUGGUAAACAGUAUGUGGCCCAAAGACAGGAACAUAUACUUUUGGACCGAGAUAGAGUGGUGGCAAAAACUUGGUUCAGUGAAGAAAAAAGUAGGUGGGAAAUGGACCCAAUGGCUGUUCCAUAUGCUGUGUCCAAAAAGCUAGUAGAGCAUGCCCGAAUUAGGCAUGACUGGGCAGCUAUGUAUAUUGCACUGAAGGGGGAUGACAAGGAAUAUUAUGUUGAUAUUAAGGAAUUCGAAGUUCUGUUUGAAGACUUAGGAGGGUUUGAUGGGUUGUAUUUGAAAAUGCUGGCCGCUGGUAUUCCCACUGCGGUUCACCUCAUGCGGAUUCCUUUCUCAGAGUUGAAUUUCCGUGAACAGUUUUUCUUGAUAAUGAGACUUUCUUAUCGAUGCUUGAAUGGAUUUUGGAAGACAGGAAUUGUAUCAUAUGGAAGAGAAUGGCUUCUUGAGAAAAUCAGAAAUUUGAAUGAUGACAUAAUGAUGAUGAUUAUUUUUCCUCUUGUGGAGUUUAUCAUCCCUUUUCCGUUAAGGAUACGGUUGGGAAUGGCAUGGCCUGAGGAAAUUGAUCAAACUGUUGGCUCGACAUGGUACUUGAAAUGGCAGUCUGAGGCAGAAAUGAGUUUUAGGUCCAGAAAGCAAGAUGACAUCCAAUGGUUCUUUUGGUUUUUCAUUAGAUGCUUCAUAUAUGGAUAUGUGUUAUUUCAUACAUUCCGAUUUAUGAAAAGAAAAAUUCCCAGAAUUCUUGGGUACGGGCCUUUACGUAGAGAUCCAAACUUGAGGAAGUUGCGCAGACUGAAGGCUUAUUUUAAAUAUAGAGUAACGAGAACAAAGCGUAAGAAGAAGGCUGGCAUUGAUCCAAUAAGGACUGCUUUUGAUCAAAUGAAGAGGGUGAAGAAUCCACCAAUACAAUUGAGAGAUUUUGCAAGCGUCGAUUCUAUGAGAGAGGAAAUUAAUGAAGUUGUGGCAUUUCUACAAAACCCUAGUGCAUUUCAAGAAAUGGGAGCACGUGCACCUCGGGGGGUUCUUAUUGUGGGCGAGAGGGGGACAGGAAAAACAUCUCUUGCACUAGCUAUAGCUGCUGAAGCAAAGGUGCCUGUUGUAGAAGUUAAAGCUCAACAGUUGGAGGCUGGACUAUGGGUUGGCCAGAGUGCAUCAAAUGUUAGGGAACUAUUUCAAGCAGCAAGGGAUUUGGCACCUGUAAUCAUAUUUGUAGAAGAUUUUGACCUCUUUGCUGGUGUCCGUGGCAAGUUUAUUCACACUAAAAAGCAGGAUCAUGAGGCUUUCAUUAAUCAGCUUCUUGUGGAACUUGAUGGGUUUGAGAAGCAAGAUGGGGUUGUCUUGAUGGCUACUACUAGAAAUCUUAAGCAAAUUGACCAGGCAUUACAGCGGCCUGGUCGAAUGGAUAGAAUAUUUUAUCUUCAACAGCCAACUCAAACAGAAAGGGAGAAGAUAUUGCGUAUUGCUGCAAAAGAAACUAUGGAUGAUGAGCUCAUUGACUACGUAGACUGGGGAAAGGUUGCUGAGAAGACAGCUCUUCUACGCCCUGUAGAGCUAAAACUUGUUCCUGUGGCCUUGGAAGGUAGUGCCUUUAGGAGCAAAUUUCUUGAUGUCGAUGAACUUAUGAGCUACUGUAGCUGGUUUGCGACUUUCAGUGGUUUUGUCCCUAAAUGGAUGAGGAAAACAAACUUGGUGAAGAAAGUAAGCAAAACUCUGGUGAAUCAUCUUGGACUGACAUUGACAAAAGAGGAUUUGCAGAAUGUGGUUGAUUUGAUGGAACCGUAUGGUCAGAUAAGCAAUGGAAUAGAAUUUCUGAAUCCUCCACUUGAUUGGACAAGAGAGACAAAAUUACCACAUGCUGUCUGGGCUGCUGGUCGUGGUCUUAGUGCCAUUCUUCUGCCCAACUUUGAUGUUGUUGAUAAUCUGUGGCUUGAGCCCUUGUCAUGGCAGGGAAUUGGAUGUACAAAGAUCACUAAGGCUAAAAAUGAAGGUCCCAUUCAUGGAAAUGUGGACACAAGAUCAUACCUUGAAAAAAGACUUGUAUUUUGCUUUGGUUCAUAUGUUGCAUCCCAACUGCUACUUCCCUUUGGGGAAGAAAACAUACUUUCUUCUUCAGAACUGAAGCAGGCACAGGAGAUAGCUACGCGGAUGGUGAUCCAGCAUGGAUGGGGCCCUGAUGACAGUCCUGCAGUUUACUACUAUAGCAAUGCGGUUAGUGCUUUGAGUAUGGGAAACAACCAUGAGUACAAGGUGGCAGCCAAAAUUGAAAAGAUGUAUUAUUUAGCAUAUGAUAGAGCAAAAGAAAUGCUUCAGAAAAACCGCCGUGUGCUUGAGAAGGUUGUGGAAGAGCUGCUUGAGUUUGAGAUCUUGACAGGGAAGGAUUUAGAAAGAAUUGUUGAAGAGAAUGGUGGGAUUCGGGAGAAAGAGCCAUUUUUCCUUUCAAAAGUCCAUGAGAAAGAGCCUGAAUCUAGCAGCUUUCUUGAUAGUGGCAAUGGAUCGGGAACUGCUCUUUUAGGAGCAGCAACAUAGUAUGGAAGGAAUACACCGGUCUGGGGCUAAUGCCUUGUAUUUUUUUUUUUUUAAUUAAAUAAUAUUCUUUUGUGCAUUGGAGAUGAUUAGCAAUACAGAGAUUAGCUUGGGAUUGAGAAGAGGCUCCCCUUUUUCCUUCUCAAACCCAUCAGUUGUCACUGUUAUGUGGGGUACUUUCUUUUUGUUCUAUCCGCUUUCUAGUUAUGCUUUUUAUACCUGGCUGUAAAUCUUCUAUUUAUAAUAUUUAUCCUUGGUGUAGUUUGAAUGUUC